AUGGCCGGCCAGCGGAAGCUCUUGAGUGAGAUUGACCGUACCCUCAAGAAAGUAAGUGAAGGGGUGGAUGUGUUUAAUGAAAUAUGGGACAAAGUCUAUGCUGCAACCGCACAGAAUCAAAAGGAGAAACAUGAAGCCGAUCUAAAGAAAGAGAUUAAGAAAUUACAACGAUUUCGGGAUCAGAUUAAGACGUGGAUCAGUAAUUCAGAUGUCAAAGACAAGCGUCCAUUGGUUGAAACUCGUAAAUUAAUUGAACAAAAAAUGGAAGAAUUUAAAGUGUGCGAAAAAGAGACGAAAACCAAAGCCUAUAGUAAAGAAGGAUUGGCUCAAGUGGAACGCUUGGAUCCAGAGCAACAAGCGAGACAAGAAUCUCAUGCGUGGAUUCGAGAUUGUUUGAAUCAAUUUAAUGUACAAAUUGAAGCACUGGAGAGUGAUCUGGAACGAUUACAAUCCGUGAAAGGUCGGAAUCGAAACAAGAUGGAAAUUCUCGAGAAGGAAAAAUUGUUGUCACGACACAAGUGGCACAUUUUGAAAUUGGAACAGAUUAAUCGACUGUUGGAUAAUUCAGCACUCGAACCUGAACAAGUAGAUGAAUUAAAAGAAGAUGUGGAGUAUUAUCUCGAAGCAAAUCAAGAAGCUGAUUUUAUGGAGACUUAUGGAGAUGAUGAUAUCUAUGAAAUGCUUGAUCUGGAUACACUUGGUGCAGCUGCACAAGUGGCAUUACCAACUGAACAAGAUGUUGGAAUUGAGGAUGCUAGCUCGGCAGCUUUAGUGUCGUCGUCUACUGCUGCUACUAUUGCAGUCGUGUCGCCAACACCGACGGCUUCGACGGGACGUGGGAAGACGCCACGUAAAAGUGCGUCAUCGUCAGUGAUUACAGGAAUUGGCCGUGCUAGUUCGGUUAAGCCUAGUGAUCUUAAAAUGUCGACACCCAGUCGAUCCAGUAGCGUUACCAAAAGCGAUUCAUCGCCAUGCAAUAGCCUCAAAACAGAGAUUGGUAAAGGACGUACUACCCCGCUGCGUACAAAGAGUGGAUCUUCUUCAUCAGAAAAGGGAUUGAGUAAAGCACCGACUCCAGUGUCAUCUUCUCCUGCAAUUGGAGAGCAGCGAACACCCGCUCGUAAGGUGACGCCACCGACGCCGCAGCGCUCACCGUCACCUAGUAUCGGUAGAGGGCAGUUUGGUUCGUCAUCAUCUGCUUCACCGGCAGCAGUCAGACCUCCGUCAGGCCCAGCACCAUCACCCCCGCAUUCCAAUUCGUCGUUGCCGCCACCAGUCCCUGUUCCAUCACCAACUGCUGCUGUACACGCUGUAGGCACCGUGUCAGCACCUUCAUCAGGAUCUGGAUCUGCAGCAUCCACGGGGGCACUAGCAGUUAAAUCUCAGCCCAUGGAGGAAUUACCUCAACUUACGGAUGAGCAGAAGCAGGUGUUGCGGCUAAUCGACGAAAGCUUUAACUUUACACCCGAGAGCCGUGAUUCUAAAAAAGCUAAUCGCUACGUUCCACGCAACUUGUAUCCAACACCAGCGUCGUUCCCGACAACACCGUCCACGUUGUUCUCGAGUGCCCCCAUCUUUGAGAAGCUGGAUGUGGACACGCUCUUCUUCAUCUUCUACUACCAGCAGGGUUCGUAUCAGCAGUACCUGGCAGCUCGUGAACUCAAGCGACGGACAUGGGGCUACCACAAGAAGUACAAGACAUGGUUCAAGCGCCACGAGGAGCCACAAGUAACAGGCGAAGACUACGAGCAGGGCACCUUUGUCUAUUUCGACUACGAGACCGGGUGGUGCCAACGCAUUAAGACGGAGUUCACCUUCGAGUAUAGUUUUCUUGAAGACGAGCUGCAGUAA